AUGGCGGAAGCUGCCGCCUUCACGGGCUUCGCGCACUCGCUCUGGUCAUACAAUCGGGAGAACUGGCAAUGGGACUGGCAGGUCAAGCAGGCGAGCCAGUUCCAGCGCCAGAACAUGGCGGUUGCGCGGUACAGCCUCUUCCGGGAAGAUAUUCGGGACUUGGCGGCCUUGACAGUGAACAAGAUGGACAGCUACCUCAUCGUGAACACGCUGAAGUUGGGCUUUAUCGUCACGAUUUUCUUCAAUUUUGACCGGACUGAUGGGCCCCAACGCCAGUGCUACAUGGAGCGUCAGGUGACACUGUUGUUCUCGGUGUGCUUUCUGACCUCCUUCCUGUUUCUGCUGAUCUCCAUUUGGCUCUCGAUGCACGCCUCCAUCGUGGCGCAGUCCUUUACCACCAAGAUGUUGCUGCAGGCGGCCCGGAUCCCCGUGGCCACUGACGAGGAGAUCGGCGCCGCAGCGCCGUCAGCCAAGGACUACGAAUCCAACUUCGAGGGAGCUUUCCGUUUGCCACUGGCAAGCGAGGCCUCUAGGGGCGGCGCCCGGCGUUCCCCGGUGCCGUGGGCGCCCCCGCCGUCUCCGUGGCACGUGAGCGACGUGCGCGCGGGGAACGAGGACCUGGAUGCCAAUCCGCACUUGAAGUUCUAUUCACUGAUGAUGCGGAAUUGGCAGACCUUCGACCUCUACAGCAAAGUCUGCAUGUCCAUUGGGACCAGCACCCUGCUCUCAGGCAUCGCUUACUAUUCCACCUACUUCAGCCGCAGCAAUAUGGAGGGUGAAAACUUGGAUCCCUUCGCUUCGGGAUGGUUUACCUAUGCUUUCAUGUCCGUCCUGGCGUGGUGGUCCGUGACCAUUGAUGUAGUGCUCAAGCGGCCGGAGCAUGCUAUGUGGGCUGCAGUUUCGUUGUGCGGACCCGCAACGGCAGCCGUCGCGAUUGUCACCCACAUGCGGAACUUGAUGCCCUUCGCGGCGCUGCUGCAGGGCUGCUGGGUCUGGAUGCUUUGCGCCUCCGCGCUGGCGCUGCGCCACGGGCUGCCCAGGAAGUGGCGCGCCUCCCUGUACAUCGACAUUCUGAACCCCUACUCGGACUCCUCCGGUGGCCCGGCGGGGCUCCUGGCUCCCUCCAGCCGCUUCGCGGAGGCGCCCAUGCCUGCGGCGGCCAAGGCGGCGGAGCAGCUGGUUCACUGCCUUGAGGCUUUGGAACGGCAGUUGGGCGAACGUCUGGAGGAGGAGGCCAUAAGCCAGAUGCACGACUGCAGAAGUCGAUUAGUGGAAGCCUUGGUGCAGGUUGGCUGGACGGAAGGAAAGGGCAAGGGAGGCGGCAAACAAGGCGAUGGCAAGGGCGAUGGCAAGGGCGAUGGCAAGGGGGGCGCCAUCCGCCGCGCGCAGACCGAAGGGUCGGCGUCUUUCAGAGGAUACAGCGUGCCGGGGCUCCAGGAGCAUGGCUUCUGGUUCUCGCUGAGCGAAGGAUCGCAAAAGAUUUGGGUAAACCUGGGGGUUGGCAAUGGCAAUGUUCUCAACGAGGCUGCGCAUGCCCCACCCGGCGUGAAGCGACGAAGCCAUGAGACCAGCCUGGGUGAGUUGAUGGAGACCUCCGCAGUGCUCUUGCGGGCCCUGCGCCCGCGCAGCGCCAGGUGGACCUCGCGGGACGCGGUGAACCUGGCGGCCUACGGCGGGCAGCGGGACGCCGCCGCCAAUUUGAAGGCGUUUGAAGCUCAGUUCCGCACCAAGGGCCAGGCCGCCAAGAGCUCCAUGGGCGACUCGGCCCGGCGCUUCUUCCAGGCCUCCGCCACAGUGGUGAGCGUGGCGUGGCUCAUGGCACCUGUCACAUCCGUGGCCAUCAACCUCAGCAACGGGAGCCACGUGCCGCCACUGCCACCGCCAGCUCCGAUGAAUGCCACUGGCGCCGAGCUUCAAGGCAGGAUGAAGCUGCGGAAGGUGGCAGAGGUGGCAAUGCCGAGGCCGUGGCUGGUUCCAUCCUCCAUCAGCUGCAGCCAGGGCCGCUUCGCAGUGUCUGAUGGGGUGCGCGCCUUCGUGACUGAGGAAGCCAACGUCUCCGAGUGGAGGGGUCCGCUGUCGUGUGGCGCCGCCAUCUCUGCAGUGGCUCUUUCCCCGAGCGGCGACCUCUUUGCGGCCAGCGAGGACGACUGCUGCCACGCCUGGCCCCUGACCUGCGAAAGGAUCCGCCAGACCCGGGGCUCCGGAGGCUCCGGAGGCUUGGGCCAGCUCAGUGCUUUGGCGCUGGGCACUACGCAGGGCGUGGGCGUUUGGCGGCGGCAACUGGUCAUGUUGGAGCCCGAGAAGUCUGGGUGGCAGGUGGCGGGCGCGCUGCCGGCCCCAGCGCGCGAUGACGAUUGGCUGGCAGUGGGCAUCAACGACGACGAGGUGUUGGCCUUGACGCGGCAGGAGGUGUACCGCUACAGCUUCAGCAGGAGGAGCUGGCAUAGCCGAGACCUUCCAAUGGUUAGCGGCUGGCGAUGGCAAGGCCUGUGCGCCAGCCGCCGAUGGACGUUCCUGGCGCUGGCCAAUGCCAGUGUGGCGUUGUGGCAGCUUGAAGAUCCGGAGUAUUUGCAGAUCUGA